UACCCCAUAUGAUCCCAAACAGUUAGCAGUGAAGAGAAUUGUUGGUGUACAAGGGGAUAUUGUAAGGUCAAAGAACAAAAACAAGAUGACACAUAUUCCGGUAAAUUAUGUUUGGGUUGAGGGAGACAACUCUAAAUACAGUCAUGACAGUAAUAGCUAUGGACCUGUUUCAAGAAGCCUCAUUACAGCAAAAGCAACCCAUGUUGUUUGGCCACCAAGCAGAUGGCAAAAACUGGAUUCUGUUGAAAUAGCCUCAGACCGUGUAUUAAAACAUGAACAAUAUGCCUUACAACUUUAACAAUUUACAGUAUUUUGAGAGGAAUUUUAAGGAUGUUUAAACUGUGAUGAGUGUCAUUAGGUUUGAUAUUUAAUGCCUUCAAUGUUUUUAUCAACUACAUAUGUACAUGUAUUGAAACAAAGUAGAUAAGUAACUUAGACAUGGAUUUGAUCACCAGAGCAUAACAUAACGGUUAGGUAAUGCUUAGCAUAGGACAGUACUCAGCAUAACCACAAUAGAUCAAGUAACUACAAGUAAAAUGGUUUCCUGCGGGGAACAUUUAUAAUGAUUUAAAGAUAUUUCAUUUAACUAUUUUCAACAUUGUUUGGGAAAAAAAUAGAAAUAAAAUAACGUUUGUAUCAGGAAUAUAGUUGAAAAUAAUCGAUCAAUAGAAGAAGGUCUUUGGUCUUGGUCGAAAAUAAAACAAUAUUUCUGUUUAAGAAAAUGAUUGAAUACCUUUGUAUGAAUAAUGUCGUGCAAAAUAAAAUAAAAUAAAGUAAACACACAAGUUUUCGCAGAAAAUAUCUCUAUCUAUUAUGGCAGAUGCCACAAACGAAUGUUUUAAUUCUGUGGAUUUUCACUAUAAACAAUUUAUUGUUUGUAAAAUUUCAGAUAGAUAUUAAAGAAACAGUGAUAAUUUACAAACACAUCAUGCAAGUUUUUCCACCUUAAACGGUAAAAUAAUAAUAGAAAAUUAUAAAUAUCACGUAAGAGUGUUAUGUUCUUAAUUAGGUCUAAUUCGGACUAAUUCCCUAGCCAUUGUGUACACCGGUCAUUUAAGAGACCGAUGUGUCCUAGAGAUAAAUCCGUUUUGAUUAUUACCGAUAACAUGUAAGGGAUACAGAGAAUAUUGAUGACUUUUUUUAAAAAGUCAUAAAUGUAAUUAUGAGACUGUAAUGCAUACAUAAUAUUGUACAGUUUUUGUUAUUAUGAAAAAUGUUAUUAUAUGAUAUCUAUGACUUGUAGUAUUAAAAAGGAAACGCUGUAUUAAUUUUGGUCUCGAAUUUUCCAGAAUUCUAUUGAGAGACCACUUUAUUAAUAGACUGCUUUUUGGCAGUCCCUUGAGUGGUCUCAUAAUACAAAGUUGACUGUAUAACGUGCAUGUAUGAAAGGGCCCUCCCUAUACCUGUUAAAAGAAAUAUUUGCUACUGAGGUAUUUCUGGACAGAAGGGAUUGAUUUCCUUUAAAAUACAAACAUUUUCAAAAG